AUGAAAUGGUUGAUGAGCACUGAGAGCUGCGUGACGAUACAUGAAGACUACUAGGGUGAGCAGUGAGAAGUAGGUUACAUACCAGGGUCGUGACUAGCACAGACACGAAUUACAGAUUCUUAUGAAGCACAUUAGCCGUCUGCUUCCGCGCUCUUACCGGAGACGUACCGCGGAGGAGUUAAAGGUUAGUAGCUGAGCGAUGCUUACUGCUGGUAGAGCCCCACGUUUAUUGUCGCGGGCGAGCGGUCCUCGAUGGCUUGCAGUUCCCCAAACACAUCGUCAGAGACAUCGUGAGGUUAACGCUACGCACGUGCCUCCAACUUUGUCCCAACGCCUUGAUCCAGGUCAGUACAAGCGCAAUCGUAUUAGUGGCGAUGAGAGAGCCACGGGUGAUGUAUAUAGCUAUGAGAAGACGGCAUACUUACACUUACAUGCUAUUUGUCCGUGUAGGGCGCGGGGACUCCGGGAUGCAUGCUGUUACGCGAGGUGUGGAUCCACGAUGGAAGCAUGGUUCAAUAUUACAACGGAAACCUACAUAGAAGCAUCAACAGAGUUGGUCGCGAACGGUACCAUGCUCAGUUUGAACACAAGCAGCGAUCAGACAUGCUUCGGUUCCGGUCGCGAAGAUGCGCAGAAAGGAGAAGACUGAUGUGUGGAUAUCAGUGGACAGCUCUAACUAAAAUUAAAUAAAUAAAAAGGCCGUGUGAGGCGUAUGUGCAACCUGGAUGGAUCCCACAAGAUUAAUUACCCAGGUCAAGAUAAGAACAGACGGACAG